AUGGGCUGGCUUUGCGCCUGCAGUGCUUUGGGCGGCUUGGUGCUGGCUGCUGGGGAUGCUGUCGUAACUCAGCGGGAGAACGAGGGACUGCAAGAUGGUCGACAUGACGUGUUUCCCUGCCUCACGGAGCCCGAAGUGAUUCCCUGGAAGAGCGCGCCCGUCUUUAAGGUGAACCAUGAGCCGUACACCAACACCAAGAAGGUCUUCGUUCGCAAAGGCCAAGUGCCGCCGUUGACACAGCUGAGCGUGGCGGACUUCGCCGCCGCUGGCUACUUCGAAGAUCACGACCACGAGGACAUGUUUGAAAUCUUCUAUGUCCUGAACGGCACCGGCAAGUUCGCGAUUACGUGGAGAGGCCAAGACCAGCACUGGACCCGGACAGAGCUAGCGGCCGAGCCGGGCAUGUUCUUGUACAUGCCGCCGGGGGUUCAGCACGCCGGGUUGACAGAUUCAGGGUUACAGUUCCUGAUGGUGGGCGCAGCCACGACCGACAAGGCCUGCACAAAGACAGCCAUUCUGGGCGGUGAUGCUGAUGCCUGCAAUGCCACCACAGCGUUCAAGCAGUUGCAUACCGCGAAAGUAGCGCACCGAGCACUACGAGAGGAUAGCCAAGUUCAGAGUGGGCAGUUGCUCACUGCCGGUGAGCUGCCGAUGGCAGGGGGGCUCGAACACCUCACAGUGCCGCCUGGGCAGAGCUACACUGGGCACGACCAAAUGCACACCUCGGUGUUCUACGUGCUCAGCGGCUGGGGCGGCAUCCGGUUCAGCAUGAAGACGGGGCUCUUGGAGGCCAACACGGCAGUGGUGGUGCCGGCGCAGGUGGAGUACUCCAUCAUGGGCGCCGGGCCUUUGGAGCUGCUGCGAUUGGCUCUUCAUCCAUGCCCCAGAGCGCAUGAUGAGCUUUGA